AUGACACGAAACAUUUGCUGCGCCUACCUCCGCGCCGCCUUGAGCCAGGAGAUUGCCUUCUUCGACCAGGGAGCCAGCGGCUCCAUAGCCAUGCAGGCAACGACGAACGGCAAGCUCAUCCAGUCUGGCACCGCCGAGAAGCUCGGUCUCUUCGUCCAGGCCAUGUCGACGUUCAUCGCCGCCUUUGUCGUGGCGUUUAUCGCCGACUGGAAACUCACUCUGAUCAUCUCCUGCAUCAUCCCGGCCCUCCUCCUGAUCAGCGGCCUGGUUGCAUGGCUGGACGUUAUCGUGGAGACGGGAAUGCUUCAGGUGUACCGCCAGGCCGGUAGCUACAGCGAGAGCAUUCUCGGCGGCAUCCGUGCCGUCCAUGCGUUUGGCUUGCGAAACCGCCUCAACGUUCUCUACGGCAUCCUCUUUGGUGGCGAAUACUCCGUGCUGUACUGCGGCAUGGGUCUGGCCUUCUGGCAGGGCAUCAACAUGGUCGACAGGGGCGCGAUUGACAACAUUGGCGUCGUCUUCACGGUUGUCUUCUCCAUCGUCAUUGCGGCCAUGAUGAUCACGUCGAUUGCCCCCCACAUGCUGGCCUUUGGCCGCGCGGCGACGGCCGCCGCCGAGCUCUUCGCGCUCAUCGACCGUGAGUCUGCGAUUGAUCCGUUUGGCGAACAUGGCGAGAAGCCUCGCCACGUCGCGGGGAACAUUGAGAUCCAGAAUGUCACUUUUGCCUAUCCCAACAGACCCGAGGCGACGGUUCUGCAGGACUUCACCCUCCGCGUUCCGGCUGGCAAAGUCACUGCUCUGGUGGGACCCAGCGGAUCUGGCAAAAGCACCAUCAUCGGCCUCCUGGAACGCUGGUAUGACCCACGUCAGGGAAGAAUCACGCUUGACGGCAUCGGCCUCGGCGACCUCAACCUGAGGUGGCUGAGGACAAAUGUCCGUCUUGUACAACAGGAACCGGUUCUCUUCAAUGGCACCGUCUUUGACAACAUAGUCAAGGGUCUCAUCGGAACAGCGUGGGAAGAUGCCUCUACCGAAGAGAAGAAACGACGAGUACAGAACGCCGCCGAGCUGGCUUUCGCACACGACUUUAUCACCGACCUAGCCCAGGGAUAUGACACCCCCAUCGGACAAAGAGGUAGUCUGCUCUCGGGCGGUCAGAAGCAGAGGAUCGCCAUCGCGCGGAGCAUCAUCUCGGAACCAAAGAUCCUGCUUCUCGACGAAGCCACGAGCGCGCUCGACCCGCAGGCCGAAGGCAUCGUCCAGAAAGCCCUCGACAACGCCUCGAGGAACCGCACCACUAUUACGAUCGCGCACAAGCUCGCCACGAUCCGCGGCGCCGACAACAUUGUCGUCAUGUCCCACGGCCGCAUCGCCGAGCAGGGCACCCACGAGCAGCUCUGCAGCCACGGCGGUCUCUACGCAAAGUUGGUCCGCGCCCAGGACCUGGCGCCGUCCAGCGAUGCCGCGUCGAGCAAGACGGCGGUCGAAGAUGACAGUGCCGAGUCGGACCUGGAGCCGAGGUUGGCCCUCACCAAGACGCACACACGAGAGACGUCAGAGCUCGCGGCUCUGCAGGCGCGCGAAGAUUUCGAGUCAUACAAGCCCCUCGGUUUCUUCCGAACCAUCGCCAAGCUGGUGAAACUCACCCCCGAGCUGCGCGCAUGGUACAUCUUGACUCUUGUGACCUGCGUGGCAGGAGCCGCCAUCUUCCCCGGCCAAGCCAUCUUGCUGGCGCAGGUUCUCGACACGGCCUCGUCGCCCAACAUGGUCUCGCGGGGUAAUCUUUUCGCCCUCAUGUUCUUCGUCAUGGGUCUCGGCUGCUUCGUGGCCUAUUUCGUCAUGGGCUGGGCGUGCAACAUGAUCGGCCAAGUCCUCACCCGGCGGACGCGCCACGAGCUCUUUGACUGCAUCCUCAAGCAGGACCUCCGCUUCUUCGACCGCCCGGAGAACACGGUCGGGUCCCUGAUGAGCAAGCUCGACUCGUACCCGCAGUCGAUAUUCGAGCUGAUGGGCAUGAAUGUUGGUCUCAUCACCAUUGCCGGCAUCAACGUCCUCAUCAGUGCCAUCCUCGCCCUGGCCAUCUCGUGGCGCGUCGCCGUCAUUGGCGUCUUUGUCGGGCUCCCACCGAUGCUCGUCGCGGGAUAUGCUCGGGUUCGCCUCGAGGCCAAGAUCGACGCAGACAUGGGCAAGCGGUACGCUGCCAGCUCCUCUGUGGCGUCGGAGACGACGACAGCCAUCCGGACGGUCUCGUCGCUCGCCAUCGAGCAGACCGUCCUCGCGCAUUAUGCCGAGCAGCUUGAUGCGGCCAUCCAUGAUGCGCUGCCGGGGCUGUUCAACAUGAUGAUUUGGUUUGCGCUAACACAGUCGAUCGAGUAUUUCAUCCUGAGUCUGGGCUUCUGGUGGGGAUCGAAACUCAUCUUCGAGGAAAAGGUCACCUUUUACCAGUUCAUCGCCUCGUUCAUGGCUGUGUACUUUUCAGGACAAGGCGCCGGACAAAUGUUCAGCUUCUCGAGCAGCACGAUCCGCGACAACAUAGCCCACGGUCUCCCGGAGUCGUCUGCAUCGCCAGGUUCCGCGCCAGCAACAACAGACGCCCAGAUCGAACAGGCCUGCCGCGCCGCCAACGCCUGGACCUUCAUCGCCUCGCUGCCCGAAGGCCUCGACACGCCCUGCGGCCAGGGCGGCGGCCAGCAGCUGUCGGGCGGCCAGCGGCAGCGCGUUGCCAUCGCGCGGGCCCUCGUGCGCGACCCCGCGGUCCUGCUGCUCGACGAGGCCACGAGCGCGCUCGACACCGAGUCGGAGCGCGUCGUGCAGGGCGGCCCUCGCGCAGGCGUCGGCGCCGCGCGCAGACGGGCCGCGGCCGUGUCACCCGUCGCCGUCGCCCACCGGCUGUCGACCAUCCGUGCCGCCGACCGCAUCUUUUGUCUUUUUUUGGUGGCGCCGUUGUCGAGGUCGCCACGCACGAGGGAGCUUGUGCACCGUGGGGGCAUGUAUGCCAAAAUGGGCGAGGCGCAGAAACCUGGGCGUUUAGCUUGGUGGUUCUAA